CCCUUCCAUAACCACAGAACCAGGGGGGAUAUGUUGUGUUCAUCGUGUGCUUAUCAUAGAGUAAGUAAAAUAAGUUAUUUUACUUACUCUAUGGUGCUUAUCACAGAGAUACUCUGCUUUCAUUUGUGUUUUGGUAUUCAGUCAGAGACAAGUUAUUACACAAUAAGCCUUGUUCUGUGGACAAGUUUCAGUAAGGACAAGUGCUUGUCUCUGCUUUCAGUCUUUAUCUAUGGUAAGAUUCUCACCGAAAGAUCAGUGCCUCUCGUCACAGUUUCAUGGACUUCUACCCCCAAAAAAGGCCCAAGAGGCAUCGUGGUAGGUCAAGGCGUUCCCUAAGGAUGGCCCAUCAAAACCCGUGCAUACAAUACAAAGUUGGUAUGACCCACGUGGUUCCUGAAGCUGAUCGUCUAGGUUCAAAUUAAACUGCUCAAGCAAAGGCAAAAGAACGCUCAGAUUAUGCAAUUAAUGGCGGUGCCAUUGCUGAAAAAGUUGCAUGGGCUGAAGAACAUCUGGAAGAGCCCUUCCCUGUCAAACAAGUAUUUGGCCAAGACAAAAUUAUUAUCGGAAUUACCAAGGGCAAAGGUGUUACCUCAAGAUAGCAUACGAAGAAAUUGCCCCGUAAGACUCACAAAGGUCUAAGGGAAACUUGCCUGUAUUGGAGCAUGGCAUCCUUCCAGAGUGUCAACGGCAAAGUUAUCAAGAACAACGCUUCUACUGAACACGAUCUUUCAGAGAAGAUCAUUAUCCCCAUAGGAGAAUUCCCCCAUUAUGGUGAAGUUAACAAUGACCACAUCAUGAUUAAGGGUUGUUGCAUGGGGCCUAAGAAACCUGUUCAUCACUUUGAGAAAGUCGCUCCUUGUGCACUCCAGUGUGUUGCUCUGGAGAAGAUCAAUAUUAAGUUCAUCGAUACACCCUCCAAAUUCGGUCAUGGUCGGUUCCAGACUCCUGCCGAUAAGGCUGCCUUUACGCGUCCUGUUAAAAAGGACAGGUUGGAGGAGUAGGCCAAAUCGGCUCCUGUAGCAGUCGCCAAAGAAUUUAAGAUUCUUUCAAAUAAAUGACUACACAAAAA